CAGUCUCCUCCUUCAUGCGGAUGAGGCGGGAGAGCUCAGGCUGCUGUACAUAAAUACAUGACUCCUGAUAGGAGCCCUGUGCUGUACACAUCACUUAAGACUUUGAGAAAACAACCACAAGCCUUCCUCACCACAGACAGAAUGGCAGAUGCGAGCUUCAUGCAGGAGUUCCUGGAAACGCACAACGCCUACAGAAAGAAGCACAACGCACCGCUGAUUAAAUACAACAGCGACAUGAACGAGACAGCUCAGAAAUGGGCCAACCACCUGCUGGCUGAAGGCGUCUUUGAGCACAGUCAAACUAAUGAUGGAGAGAACAUCUACAACAUGUUCAGCUCAGCAACCAUCAAACUGACAGGUAAAGAAGCCGUGGAUUCAUGGUACAGUGAGAUCAAAGAUUACAACUGGAGCAGCCCUGGAUUCAGCGGAAAUACUGGUCAUUUCACUCAGGUGGUGUGGAAGGCGAGCACUGAGCUGGGCGUGGGCGUGGCCACUGACGGCAACAAGGUGUUUGUGGUCGGGCAGUACCGGCCGGCUGGAAACAUGAACAUGAGCGGGUACUUUGAGGAAAACGUCCUCCGAGGAGAGUAAAGGCUGUGCAUUUUACAGCUGGCGGAGAGCCGGGUGGAGCAGACAAACCCAACAGUGAAGGAGGAGGAGCGAGCCCGAAGAAAACAUGCACACUUCUGUAAAAGACCCUGCAGCGUCCCUGCUGACCCCAACAUCUCACUGCUGGAUCCUCAGUGAUGUAAAUACGUUUUAAUAAAUACAAUAAAAACCCUCAUUGUCUUAAAAAAA